UACUCUUCUUCUGUUCCUCUCUCAACACUGUGCAAACCAACCUCUAUAAAUAUCCCCUGCCCCCUAAUUGCUUUACAAACAAAGUAAAUUAAUCACUAGUAUUCACAAGUUUCUCAGAUAUGGGCAGCUUCUUCCUCCGUGGGCUUAUUGUAUUCUCAUUGCUUAUAUUGCUCAAGGGAACCAGCAGUAGCUUGGACAAAGAAUUCUAUGUUUCAUGGGCUGCAGACCAUGUUAAAUUCUUUAAUGGUGGGCAGGAGCUGCAACUUGCCCUGGAUCAAAAUUCUGGGUCUGGCUUUGCUUCAAAAAAUAAGUAUCUGUUUGGGAAUAUUAACAUGCAAAUCAAGCUGGUUCCUGGAGAUUCUGCUGGCACUGUGACUGCUUAUUAUCUUUCUUCAGAGGGAUCCAACCAUGAUGAAUUGGACUUUGAAUUUCUGGGGAAUAAAUCAGGAGAGCCUUAUGUUGUCCAGACAAAUGUGUAUGCAAGUGGUAAAGGUGACAGAGAACAGAGGAUUUACCUCUGGUUUGAUCCCACAAAAGACUUUCACUCCUAUGGUGUAGUUUGGACUGCUCAGCACAUCUUAUUCAUGGUGGACAGUGUGCCAAUCAGAGUAUUCAGCAAUCACAAGGCAGCUGGGGUGGCAUAUCCAGAUAAACAAGCCAUGGGAGUUUUUUCAAGUUUAUGGAAUGGAGACAGCUGGGCAACUCAAGGGGGGCUUGUUAAGAUAGAGUGGUCACAUGCUCCAUUUGUUGCAUCCUACCGCAAUUUCAAUGCCCAGUCAAUGGCAGCAUCAUUGGGAGAAGGUACGAAUGGGGUGAGUUCAGAGCAGUGGAAGAAACUGCAGUGGGUGAAGGAAAAUUUCAUGAUAUACAAUUACUGCAAUGACAAACAGAGAUAUCCUCUGCCUCCACCAGAGUGUACUACAGACGUGUAAAUGUAUGGUUUGAGUAUGCUUUGUAUUCUUCUAGUCAUGGCAGUUGAGUACCAGGAGGAGAUGUUUAAUCAGCUACUAAAAAGAACAAACAUGUGUGCAUGUAAUAUAUCCAUACAAAUUAGUAUCUCAGAAUUUCAUUUCAAUAAGUAUUGAUAUAUAUGUAAAAUAUCAAUAAGGAGGAGAUGUUGAAGGAAAUUACUCAAAAUGGUUUUAAGGGAUCCAGUGAUUGAAGGAAGUUUUGGGUUUUUGGAAUAUUUAAAAUGAUAUUUUAAGUGGAGUUUUAAGUUGUUCAAA